AUGGUAUUUGACGAGGCGAUAAAGAAAUUCUGGAAGGAAUCGCCGAAUGGAACAGUGGUGAACUUUGCAGAAGGCUUGGAAACCCAACGUUUCCGCCUGCAAAAAGACAUGGCGGAAGAUGCACUUUGGAUUUCCAUAGAUCUCCCAGAAGCCAUGGCAGCACGCGAAAAGUUUAUUGAGCCUGAUGACAAACACCUACAUUUGGAUGUCUCCGUUUUGAACGCCGGUGCUUGGAUGCCAUUGGUGCCCAAAGACAAGCCAGUCUUCUUUACAGCCCAAGGUCUGUUCAUGUAUCUAGAAGAAGAAGAAAACAAGUACCUCUUUCAACAAUUAGCAGAUCACUUUCCUGGAGCAACCUUGCAGUUUGAUUGCAUCAGCAAGUGGUUUUCCGACAAGGCUACCAAGGGCGACUGGAAACUGACACGUCACUACACUACUCCCAAGAUGCCCUUUGGUGUGAACAAACCCAAUGUACAACUUCUUUUUGACAGUUGGGUACCAGGAAUCCAAAUCAAACAAGUCGAGAUGCCGACGGACAAGCUGGAUGGAAUGCUACGUUGGAUUGUACCGCUUUUCUUGUCCAUUCCGUAUCUCAAACGAAUGCAACCAGGUUUUUUCUUGCGCGUCAAGUUUCCAUCAAAGUAG